AUGCUGUCCAGAUCGCUCGCCCGUCGAUUGGCGUCGGUACCCCGCCUCACCCUCUUCGGCCGCUCCGCUCUCCUCCUUUCUGCAGAACUAGUCGCAAACGCUGUCGCGUGGGCGGUCUGCGCUGUCCUAUUUGGCCGCCGCACCGAAACGCGCGACGUGCUCUCGCUUGCCCUGUUGUCGUGGACGAUCGGACUCCGGCACGCCCUCGAUGCCGAUCAUAUCAGCGCGAUCGACAAUGCAACGCGCAGUCUCAUCAGCAUGGGUCAACUCCCGGUGACCUGCGGACUAUUCUUCUCGCUUGGACACAGCACGAUCGUCAUAGUAGUGAACGUCGCGAUCGCAAUCAGCACAGAUGUUUACGACAGGCUGACUGGUGUUGGUGAAGUUGGCGGUAUCGUUGGCGCGGCCGUCAGCGCGAGCUUCCUCUUCAUUGUUGGCCUGGCAAACUCUAUCAUCUUGUACAGAAUACUUCGCAAGCGCUAUCAAAUGAAGAGGCAGCGUGCUCAGCGCGCUGUCAGAGGUGAAGCAGGAGCGGACGAUGUAGUUGACGAGGACAAUACCUAUUCUCACGGGAACACCCUCAUGAUGAAAGUCCUUGGUCCCGUAGUCACCUUCGUUGACAGACCCUGGAAGAUGUAUCCGGUCGGCCUGCUCUUUGGUUUCGGUUUUGACACCGCGUCGUCCAUAGCCCUCCUUGCCAUCUCAGCUAUUGCAAAGCGGGGUCCUAACGGGGAGCACAUAGACCCAGCAGAUAUAGUCAUUCUUCCGUUGCUCUUCACAGUCGGCAUGACGCUCAUCGACUCCCUCGACUCCAUCCUCAUGCUCUACUCUUACGCCGGCUUCCCGGAGCGCUCUUUCGCCGUCUUCGAACGCCGUCUCAAGCCCAAGGAGGAAUCACUUCCACAUGCAGUUCCCUCACCUACUUCUGCGUCUCCGGCUGCAGGAGGUCCUGUCGCAAAUACUAGUGAAGAGCUCCCGCGCGCACCCGCUCAGGGCAGGUCCAAAAAGACGGAUGCCUCGACGACGGAAGUCGAGGUGCACGACCCGGUCGGACAACGCAAGCUGCGCGCCAAGAACAGCGCGAUGUCGAACCUCAGCAUCGUCCUCACCAUCAUGAGCAUCGUCGUGGCCUUCAGCAUAUCCCUCAUCACCACGAUGGGCCUCAUCGGCGACAACUGCACCCCGUGUCAGAAUGCGGCGAACGCGGAGGAUGGCGGCGGGCUCGCGGGAAGGUGGUGGAGAGCCUGGGCUGCGGCAAAUGACAACAGCGGAUAUAUUGGAGCUGCCAUCGUCGGGUCGUUCGUCUUCGUAGUCGCUAGCUGGUACGCCACGAAGUUCGUCUACCGGAAGUGGCAUGCCCGUCGGAGCGCACGUGUAGCGCAAAAUUAA